UCCGGACUGGCCACGUUAAGCAGUCCCGCGGUUGCUCCACGAAUGGCAGACACACUGCGGAGGUUGGCUAACACAUCGUCAUGCAGCGUUGUGCAGCAGAAACUGGAGGCCUGGGAUAAAGACUACCACGUGAUCUCGUGCGACCAAAACCUAAACCGCUGUUGUGAGCUCCUGGAACUGACCUCCAGGGUACAAGGUCAGCUGUUCACCAUCCUCAGCCUCACUGCACAAGAAGGUGGUCACUACGCAGGUGUGGACACCCUUAAAUCCCGCCUACUGCCAUGGCUUAGUACCUGCUUCACCAUGGCAACCACCUCCGUGUCCCCAGACACCAGUCUCAACCUUAUUCAGGACAAUGUGGAGAAGGACAGAAAGCUCCAGGAACUGUCAUUAUCUCACGAGAGCGACAUGUUUAAGAUGGAAGAUCGGCUGUGCUCCACCCGUUUAGAGCUGGACUCCGUCAAACAGAAGUUAGCUGACGCGAAGUUUGAACUGGAUUCCACCAAAAACAAGUCAGCAACCAUCCUUCUCGCCACAGAGGAUGAGAUAUUGCAUCUGAAAGCUGAGCUGCAGGACGCCUAUGAGCAGAUGAACCUGUAUAAGAUGAAGAUGGAGGACUAUGACAGGCAGGUCCGAUUACUGAGGGAUGAGGUCACUUAUCUCACUGCUGAGAAAACCAUACUACAGGAAAGCAGGCUGAUGAGGAGCCGGUCUCCCAGUCCCGUCCCCCACUGUAGCCGUGGCAGCAGCCCCGUGAGGGCGGAGUCUCCCGCGCGUGCCCGGCUCACCAGCUCUGCUCGCCGUACCCGCCUCCUGUCCUGCUUCUCUGAGCUGUACGCCACCGAGAGGCUGGAGGCCCAAAGCCUCCUGCGUCGCUACGUCGAUGACCUGGAGACAGUGCAAAGGAUCCUGUUCAUCGCUGCUGUGGAGUCUUUCCAGGCUGCUAGACUGGCUUAUCGACAGUUUAAGCUGCGUGUGAGGAAGACUCUUUCCCCUACGCACGUUGGCCCUGAGAGCCUGGAGGACUCUGUUGCGGACUACAUCGUCCGGAACCUCGACCUCUACGAUGUGCAGACAAGUGUCAACGACGUGAUUAACGCCAUGAACGUGAACCCGCGGAUCUCCUUCCCUCCGGAGGUGGACUUUGUCCUCGUCAGUAGCUUCAUCAGAGAGAUGUGUAGGACGGCCUUUAGCAUGCAGACGCUGGAGCCUCCGUUAGACCUGGCCUUCAGCACAGACGGAGAGCUCUACAGUGACACCAAGUACAGACGGAGUUAUGACUCAGAGUUCACCGCUCCACUGGUGGCGUAUCAUGUGUGGCCCGCGCUAAUGGAGGGAGACACAGUCAUAGUGAAGGGAGAGGCUGUCACCAGGAGAGGAACACUGUGGAGGAGCCGUAGCCGAAGCCGAAGCCCCAGUCCUGUCCGCUCUCGUUCAGGAAGUCCUACCCGCACACUUAUAUCCAAUCAUAGUCGGAGCCUUUCCCCUGGACGUCUCUCAACGGGUCGGCUGUAAAUUUGAGCUUUAAAGUUCAUCCCCCUGGCUGUUCAGGAAUCAUAAACAUGCUUCAAAACAUUCUGUAAUUUCAACAGAAUCAUUAUUACCAAUAAUCAUUCCUGUUGUCUCUUUUAUCUCGUAUAGAGUGAAUAGCCGAUUUCACAAAUGCCUUGUCAUCUUGGAAAAUCUACAAACACAAUAUUCCUUAACAUGAGUUUACCAAGCCUUAGCACAUAAUAUUCCUUAACAUCAGAUUACCAAACCUUUUCUUUUGUACUUGAAACAUCUCUCUUUACAUGAAGAGGCAUCAGAAUAGCGACAUGUGUUACAUAAGUCAGGAGAGUCUGGAGGACUGUGAUCCUUUAACCCUGUGACCUGUUGACCUUUUCUCCUUGCUCCGAGCUCUGCGACUAAGGUGACUAAGGUGUGUGUGGUAAAGAGCUGGGCAGAUCUUUACAGGUGCUAUGUUUCCAUUCCUCCUGUAUCCCUGUAUGUGGUUUUUCGAGGGUGCUGUGUAUUUCACGUACCGUGUUCAUCUGAGCUAGGUGUGCAGUAGUGAGAUGUGCAGUAGAUAGGUGUGCAGUAGUGGUGUGUUCAGUAGUGAAGUGUGCAGUAGUGAGGUGUGUGCAGUAGUGGGUGUGUGCAGUAGCGAGGUGUGCAGUAGUGGUGUUCAGUAGUGAGGUGUGCAGUAGUGAGGUGUGUAG